UCUAAAAACCUUAUUUUUUAUGAAAAACACGCAGCUUUCGCAAUCCUUUUCCGCAUGUUGCUGUACGCCUAAAAGAAUCAUCUCCACUCAUGUCAUUCCACUUCUACUCAAACACUCCCGCUGCUGGCAAUGCCCUGCUCGCAAACGCGUGUCUCUUAACAGAAACUAGCACACACAGCCAGGACUGGGAUGCAGAGAACCCAAACGCUAUACGACUAGGACUCAAUCCCGAUCUCAUAUUGUCGCCACAGUCUCUACCAUCAUUUACAACCCGACCCACAGGACAUGCACAACAGCUGUGUGAAGAGUGCGGUGGCGUCAAGAAACAGAUUGAACAGCUGUCGGCCACCAACCCCGCCAUCCUGUUCACGGGCCAAGGAGCCGAAAAUGCGCUUGGUACCAGGAACACCAUUACCGGCAGCGGCAUGAGUCGGUCCAGCUCGAAUUCGAUGUUUUCCUGUUCUAAUCUAACGAUCGUAUCAUCUGCACGGACCAUCGAGCUGUACCAGGAUGGCGUAUACAUGAGCACAUUCCGUGGAGAACCACUGCUAUCUGGUCACGGCUCAGAUAGCCUGCCAGAUGUUCCGUUGUUCAAGAUCCAGAUUGACGGGGGAGUCCUACUUGCAAAAGGUCGCAGUCUGCUCAUCAAGUUUUUUAUUCCAAAACCAAGUCCACGGAAUAAGCAGACACAAAUGUCGCCGAACGUCCUCAAUCUACACUGGCUUAUCGUUCAACUGAGACCACCAUCGUCUGCAGGAGUAUUGGAUUCAUCCAGCAAACCAAGAGAAGCAGCAUCCAGCCCACUGGGCGCCACGCCCUUUCUUUCUUCCAAUAUGAGCGGGUUCUCACCUGCCAUGCUCUCUUCACUUAUGCUCGGCCUUUCUACUGCUACCACCUUACCGUCCGACGCACCUUCCGGAUCUGGCACGGUCGAUUUAGGAAAGGUCCGCGAGAUGUUGGGUCAAAUGCAACUCGCUAAUCUACCACAGGGCGCCAAGGAUUUGAUGAAAGCCAUGGAGUUCCAGGAGAUCUCUCAAGGGAACCCGAGUACGAUAGGAUCUGCAGCCGAAUCAAUUGCAACAGAGACCGAGACGGCCACCAACAUCACCAGCACACAGCAAGGAUUUUUGGCACCACAGAAUGCACCCCUACCUCUGGUAAUAUCAUCAAUAGUGCCAGGAACGGAGCCUUCACAAAAAAUAUCGAGCCUAGAGCCGAAGAAGCAAACGUCGCAAUCCUUGUAUGUGACCAUGGCAGAAUUAGCGCAGAUGGAGGAGAGGAUCAUGGAUACGAUAGAACGGAGGUUUAGGGAGAUGGAAGACCGGAUCAUGGACAAAAUUUUGACCACCAAAAGUAGGCCGCUUAACGAGGGGUAGGAAUAACUGCACCUUUGAAAAAUAAAUGCGAGGAGACGAUGGAUUGCUUGACACGACUAAUGUACAUUCCGAUGCUUACUUGCACUUCAUGGACAUGAAAUAAAGCACCCUUCGAAUGCAAUCGGUACAGUAACACCUGUAAAGCACGCAUAUUGUCCACUUUUUAAUUUUGUCCGCAGUAAAGACAGCUUAGCCACGGAUGCCCAAACGAUCCAAUAG